ACACAAGCACACACAGACCAGAAAAUUCUGGGCUAAUGCUAAUGAGGCCAUAAUACAAAUUGCUUAAAUUGAAAUUAUGCAAAAAAGUUAAUACUCAUCUCGUUCAAAUGGAUAUGACGGAAAAUGAGAGGGAGGCAAUUCGCUUGAGUUUGACACCAACAGCUGCUUGAAACUUCCGCAAUGUAAAUAAAUAACGUAUACGCCAUGUGGUACUCAAAUAAUAUUUUUUUCACUUGAAAAUAUUUCUAUGUAUCAUAAAAUCUCAAAAAUACAAUUGUGCAUUUGCAUAAAUAAAUAAAUUUUCUGAUAAGUUAAUUUUGCAUUUCCUGUCAAAAGCAUUUAAAAAAUGUUAUGGGCCAAAAAAUGUUGCUUCUGUAUAUCUUUGCAAACGGGAUGUAUCAUAAUUGCACUGCUUGGAUUAUUUUUGUCUGGCAUGAACAUUGACUAUACUCUAUAUCUUUUAAAUAGUACUUAUACCCGAGAAACCCAAUAUAAAUUUCCAGCGGAAGUACUCUACACAUCUUUACAAAUAAUUCCGGAUUGUUUGUCUGUCUUGGCAUCGUGUUUGCUGAUAUUUGCAAUCAUCUCGCAAUAUUUUUGGUUGUUUUGGACAACUCUGUUUUUCCAAACUCUUCAGGCAAUAUAUCUGGUUACAUUCAGUAUUGUUUCAUCUUUAAUCGGAUCAAAUUUAAUAAUAAAUGAGAGCUUUUGGCAUAACGUAACUUAUUGGGUGUAUAUGAUACUUUGGCUAGCUCUGACAUUAUAUUUCAUGUACAUAAUCUAUUCGUAUUAUCAACAACUAAAGGAGAGAGAAAUUGAAAAUGCUAUAGAAUGAUUUAUGUCUUAUAUUUGGUAAUAUUUGACUUGCCUAACAUGUAAUUUGUAAAACC